UGCAAGUCUGUUCAUCGGUCUGUCUACAGGGGAAGAGAUACACAGUCAACCGUUCAAACAGAGCGGCGCUAUGAACGAGCAGAAAUGGAUUCAGACGUUAACUCGAUUUCAGGCUCAUUGUCGUGGUUAUGUGAUGAGGAAAUGUCUAAGUUUGGUUCGGACUCAGUUUGAACAGAUUGUGCGAGAGAUUGAUGGAGGAUUGGAUCACUUGCAGUGGAGAGGAAACAUCAUUGCCAAACCUCACUUCACUGACACUGAAAGCCUGUUGCUGCAGUAUGAACGCUCCAGGAUUCAAUCCCAUGACCUUCUGGAUAACUCAGAGAAGGAACAGAAGAUAGAGAAUGAUGAGAGUGAUGACUCUCUCCCACAGUCUGAAAUCCAGGUACCGGAGAGAGACGAAGCUACUGAAACAACUAGCAGAGACGCUUCCAUACCUGUGGAUGGUAUUGUGGACAAGAGAGGAGAGAAUGUGGCUGUACAAAACCUGAUGGAUGAUUCUACUACACUUUUCAGCACAGUGAAUUCAAAUGUCAGCUACUGCAGCUUAUUUCAGACAGGAUCAAAUUUGCAUUCAGUUUUAAAAGACAAAGCACAUACUCCUGACUCUCUGAAGCAGCACCGGAGCACUUUAGCCAUGGAGCUGCUGUGGAUCCAGCAAGCCAUCAGUAGUAGAAAGAAAUAUCUUACCCUCAAACAGAGAAUGGAUGUGCCACACUGAUACUGGACCAGUUCUUAAGCGGACCAACAUUUAAAGAACUGUUUUUCUCAUUAUUUCUGUAUUACUGUAACAUUUACAGCACAGAAUGAUUGAGAACUUUUGUAAAUUAUAUUUAUUUAUAAGCUUGUUUACUCCAUAAAUGGGUUUGUGUUAAAUAAGAUUUUUAUUUUUGUAAAAAUGGCAUUUCUGAAAUAAAUAUAAUAUGCGAAUGGAGAUAGGAGAGAGAUACAUUUUUCUGUAUCCCAAAAAGCUAACACUGUUUAAUCCUGUAUGAACCAGAAAGACUACCACAACUUAAUCUUACAGUUAAGUCAAUGUAGUAACAUAUCUAUUUAAUUAUUGACAUUGUAUUUGUACUGUAUAACCACAUGAGAACUACCCUCUUUUUUCCUCCAUUUUCCAAAUUCAGUGUUUUUUCUUGCCUUGCUAAAGUUGCCUUUGGCUUUCACACCAGGGUACUAAAUAGAUUAUAUAGGCUACAACAUACAAUAUGUUAUGUAUAACUAGUAUUAUGGCAUGACUUUCAAGUAACUUCUCUGUUUAACUGUUUAUGGUUGGGCAAUAUAAUCAGUAUUUUAGCCCUAUCUUUAAUACGCAUAAUUCAUAUUUUAUAGAUUGUUUAUAUCGUAGCAUAAUAAGAUAUAUUAUUACCUAGUAAAUUUACUUUGCCUGUACACAUACAUACGCAAACAUAAACUAUACACUGUGUGCAGAAUUAUUAGGCAUGUUGAUAUUCUGGUCGUAUUUUUUUUUCCAAACACAUUUUACCAAUUCCAAACCUCAUCAGUCUUAAUAACUACUGUCAAUUUUGUAUUUAAUCAUUUAUAUGUGAUAUAUAAUUGUCCGUGAAGGCUGGAAGUGAAAAACUCCUUCUAUUCAGUUCCAUAUGGUUUCAUAUCCAUCUCUGCAAGUCAGACUUUUCAGGAUAGGAGACUAAACAUGAACUCCCAAAAUGUACUGCCAGAUUUUGGAAGAUAAAUUCUUGAAUCAGAGGUACAAGAGAAUGUGAUGCUUGUCCUUCAAGAGUCACUCUCAACUUAUCUGUCUAU